GACAAUUUUAUUUUUCUCUUUAGAAAAUCCGUUAUCUCUUUCGCGCAGGUAUAAUCAAAAGCCUGUUUUUCCAAUGAGUCGAAAUUCAGACGAUGUUUUGUGUUUUGUAUGCACCGUCUCUGGUGACCGAAACGAAUGUACUGUUGCUAUCGAGAGCAUUGUUCAUAAGUUUUUUGGUAAACAUGCGAGAGUGAUUCGAAAAAAGUCUGCUUCCGGAGCGCAAAAAUAUGAUUAUGAAGUUCAGCUGCCAGGCAAUGAGGCACCCAAAUCUGAGGAGCUACAGAAAGUACAUAAUCUAUGUCGUAUUAAGGUGCAAGGUCUAUGGCGAGAACUCGAUCCUUUGUCAAAGCCAGACAAAGGAAAGGGGGUAGUACCACCUGCAAGUUCCGAUGUAGAGAAAAUCCCCCAACCGCCUGCAGCAAAAGACAGACCAGAUACUAUUCGUAUCAAGAAUAUACCCGUAACAUACACGAGAGAAGUUGUUGAGAUAAUUGUGCAGAGAGAAUUUCGCAGCAAGCCCAAGAUACGGAGUCUCGCACUUCAUACCAAAGGAUAUCAUUGUGCCACCGUCACAUUUCCAGAAGAAGACUAUGGUUUUCCUACAGAGCAGUUACCAAAAGUUAUUUUAGAUCGUCAAUCGCGUUCAGACGUACCGCAGAUACAAUAUGAUGCGGACUUCCUGAACUUCACGACUUUGUACAAUGCCAACUCUGAGGGGUUGCAAGCUGAUGUGGACAUCGUAGCUGUGGUGGGUCUUGGAACACACGCAUUUGGGACCUUCCGUUCUACAACUCCUGGUAGUCAUGAGAUGUGGCUGAGAGAUUUCCUUCCGAAAGAUAUCCCAAACACUCGCAUUCUGUUGUACGGAUAUCCGUCUACUGUUUCUGGAGGUCAAUCCAUGGAAAAGGUUGAGGACAUAGCAAUUACUUUCUUAAAUAGAUUGACACUACUUCGUAGAAACACCUCGACACGAAAUCGGCCCAUAAUCUUUAUUGGACAAAGUCUUGGAGGUCUGAUAGUUCAGGAGUCACUUCUAAUAGCUGCAGAUAGUUGUGAUCCAUAUGAACGGGAGAUGUUUGGCUCCUGGCAUGGACUUGUCGGCUUUGGUAUUCCAAUAGCAGGUCUAAACAACCCUUCCCUUAUUGAAGCUGUAAAAUCACAGCCAAACAAAGUUUUGAUCGGCCAAUUAUGUCGUGAUCGUGAGAAUGGGACGCCGUCUUCCUAUCUCAUCGAGUUAAAACACAGAUUUGAGAGUUGCUGCAAGCGGAAAGAAAGAUCCUCUUCGCAUGCGCCAGAAGUGUUGUAUUUUUGGGAGAGACAUUAUUCACAGCCUAGAACGCGGAACGGGAUCGUGGGAGAAAAGGUUCUCAUGGUAGAAGAUAGUGCUACGCCAGGUGCAAGAAAUCUACCUCUAAACUCCGACCAUUCUGGUAUGGUAAAAUAUAGCAGUAGAUCGGACCUGCUUUAUGAAGACGUUUCAAGCAAUAUAGAUAGUAUGGUCUUUAGCUUGGCAGAGCAGAGAAACGUCGUCCAGUCUACCUCAUUAGAUAAAUCAUUACAAAAAGGGGAUGAAAUUAUCAAUGGACCAUCAGCUCCAAGACGAAGAGGUACCUUCCUCUCCGAAGAUGAGUUAGAGAGAAUGUUAGCUUAGCGAAAUAAUUAAAUCCCAUUAUAUA